AUGGGUAUAAGUAGAAGACCGAAGGGCGAUAAGGCCGCGAACCCAGGUGGUGGUCGUGCAGCGGCUUCAGGCAGCUCGAAACCCAACAUCAAGAAAGCAGCCUUUGAUACAACCAAGAAGAAAGAGGUUGGGGUAUCGGAUCUUACUCUGAUCAGCAAAGUAACCAACGAGGCAAUAAACGAUAAUCUCAAGAAGCGGUUCGAGAAUGCAGAGAUCUAUACAUAUAUUGGGCAUGUGUUGGUUUCAGUCAAUCCUUUCCGGGAUUUGGGGAUAUAUACAGAUGCUGUCCUGGACAGUUACAGGGGGAAGAACCGACUGGAGAUGCCCCCUCAUGUUUUCGCCAUUGCGGAGUCUGCCUACUACAACAUGAAAGCCUACAAGGACAACCAAUGUGUAAUCAUUUCGGGAGAAUCGGGAGCUGGAAAGACAGAGGCUGCAAAGCGAAUUAUGCAGUAUAUUGCAAACGUUUCUGGCGGCAGCAAUUCUUCGAUUCAAGAGACUAAGGAUAUGGUCCUUGCUACAAACCCUCUGUUGGAAUCUUUCGGAAAUGCAAAGACGUUGCGAAACAAUAACUCGUCCAGAUUCGGCAAGUACUUGCAAUUGCAAUUCAACGCGCAAGGCGAGCCUGUUGGUGCGGACAUUACCAAUUACCUCUUGGAAAAGACGAGAGUUGUUGGUCAGAUUCAGAACGAGCGAAAUUUCCACAUCUUCUAUCAGUUUACAAAAGGAGCAUCAAGCACUUAUAAGCAAAACUUCGGUAUCCAAGGCCCUAGCACAUAUGCAUACACAAGUAAUUCGAAGUGUUUGGACGUCGAUGGUAUUGAUGAUCUUGCAGAGUGGAAUGAUACACUUAAUGCGAUGAAAAUCAUUGGGUUGUCGCAACAGGAACAGGAUGAGAUCUUCCGAGUGUUGGCUGCGAUUCUAUGGACGGGCAAUAUUGGAUUCCGGGAAGACAAGGACGGCUAUGCUGAAGUGGUCGACCAAUAUGUUGUGGACUUCUUAGCAUAUCUGCUUGAAGUGGAACCAGCGGAUGUCAUCAAGGCCAUCACUAUUCGAAUCCUCACUCCUCGAAAUGGGGAGGUCAUCGAAUCACCUGCAAAUCCCGCCCAAGCUUUGGCUACCAGGGAUGCUCUUGCGAAGGCACUCUACAACAAUCUCUUUGACUGGAUUGUGGAGCGUGUCAAUGUUUCACUGAAGGCACGCGCGGCGACUGCAAAUUCCAUUGGUAUUCUUGAUAUCUAUGGCUUUGAGAUCUUCGAGAAGAACAGUUUUGAACAGCUGUGCAUCAAUUAUGUCAAUGAGAAGCUCCAACAGAUUUUCAUUCAACUGACAUUGAAGACGGAACAGGAGGAAUAUGCGCGAGAGCAGAUUAAGUGGACACCUAUCACGUAUUUCGAUAACAAGAUUGUGUGUGACUUGAUCGAAUCCGUGCGGCCGCCUGGAAUAUUUUCUGCUAUGAAAGAUGCCACGAAGACCGCUCAUGCAGAUCCUGCUGCUUGUGAUCGAACGUUCAUGACAGCUAUCAACAGCAUGUCGAAUCCCCAUCUAACCCCUCGACAGGGCAAUUUCAUCAUUAAGCAUUAUGCCGGCGACGUGGCAUACACCGUGGAUGGAAUAACGGAUAAGAACAAAGACCAACUUCUGAAAGGUCUCCUCAACCUUUUUGGUAACAGUCAGAACGAAUUUGUACACACCCUUUUCCCCCACGAAGUCGACCAAGACAACAGAAAGCAGCCUCCUUCAGCCGGCGACAAGAUCAAGGCUUCGGCAAAUGAUCUAGUAGCAACACUGAUGAAAGCCGAACCUUCAUACAUUCGAACGAUCAAGCCCAAUGAGAACAAGUCUCCAUCGGAGUAUAAUGUUCCAAACGUUAUGCAUCAGAUCAAGUAUCUUGGUCUUCAAGAGAACGUCCGAAUUAGGCGCGCUGGAUUCGCGUACCGACAAACUUUUGACAAGUUCGUGGAACGAUUCUAUCUGCUAUCUCCUCAGACUUCUUACGCUGGUGACUAUACCUGGACCGGAGAUGCAAAGUCGGGUGCCAAGCAAAUCUUGAAAGAUACCAGUAUUCCAGCCGAGGAGUUCCAAAUGGGUGUAACGAAGGCGUUCAUCAAAGCCCCGGAGACACUCUUCGCUCUAGAGCAUAUGCGCGAUAGAUAUUGGCACAAUAUGGCCAUCCGAAUUCAGCGGGUCUGGAGGGCCUUCCUCCGAAUCCGUAUCGAGGCCGCAACACGUAUCCAGAGAAUGUGGAGAAAGAAGAGAGUCGGUGCCGAGUUCCUCGCGCUUAGAGAUCGUGGUCACAAAGUUUUGCAGGGCCGCAAAGAGCGAAGAAGAAUGAGUCUUCUCGGCUCGAGACGUUUCAUGGGAGACUACCUUGGUAUUGCUGCCACAAGUGGCCCUGGUUCUCGGAUCCGCAAUGCGAUCAACCUGUCGGCAAACGAAAAAGUGUUAUUGUCCUGCCGAGGCGAAAUAUUGGAGACGAAAUUUGGUCGAUCGAGUAAAGCUAGUCCUCGAAUUCUGGUGUUGACCCAGAGUAAGUUCUAUAUCAUCUCCCAGCAUCUGGUAAACAAACAGGUUCAAGUUGCUGUUGAGCGAUCAAUACCACUUGGUGCCAUCAAAUUUGUUGGCACCUCGACAUGUCGAGAUGACUGGUUUUCACUUGGUGUCGGGUCACCACAAGAGGCAGAUCCAUUAUUGAACUGUGUGCUUAAAACUGAGCUUUUUACGCAUAUGUCAAUGGCCAUUCCAGGAGGUGGCUUUAGCCUCAAGAUCUCAGACUCAAUCGAGUAUGCAAAGAAGCCAGGCAAGAUGCAAGUCAUCAAGGUCGUCAAAGAUUCACCUUCGGAGCAAGAUUUUUACAAGAGUGGUGCCAUUCAUACGAAAGGGGGAGAGCCUCCCAACUCAGUAUCAAGACCUAUGCCCAAAGGGAAACCGAUCGCUGCAAAGCCGUUCACCAAGGGCAAGCUCAUCAAGCCAGGCGGACCUGGUGGCAGGCCUUCCAAAUUCUCCAACACCAACCGGAAUACUAAGCCUGUUGCUCAGCCAAAUGGUGGAGCCACUCAAACACGAAAUAUGCCCGCGGCUCCUGCUGCAGUAUCCAUGCCCAACCACACGCGCAAUAACCCUUCAGCGUCAUCUGGCAGGUCUGUUCCACCGCCCCCACCUCCAGCUCCACCCGCAGCUGCAGCGCCUCCGCGAGAACCACAAUACAGAGUUCUUUACGACUUCAAUGGUCAGAGUGCCAACGAGAUCACCAUGGCAAAGGAUGAGCUUGUAACCAUCCUCCAGAAGGAGAACAACGGUUGGUGGCUUGCAAGGCACCCAUCAGGACAACAAGGAUGGGCUCCCUCGGCGUAUCUCAAAGAAGAAACACCACCACCGCUGCCAGCUGCUCCAGCGGCUCGACCAAUGCCCCCCCCACCUCCACCGGCGGCAGCGAAAUCAAAUGGUCACGGCCCGGUCGUCCGCGCCAAGCCAACUCCUCCUGCUCCUCCUGCGAAGCGACCCGCUGCUGGAGGUCGCAAGCCCGCGCCUCCUCCUGCACCUCGUGACUCUGGCUUGAGUGUCAAUGGUACUGACAGCGGCCGAAGUACACCGACGCCUAGCUUCGCAGGUGGACUGGCUGAAGCGUUGAAGGCUAGACAGAGCGCCAUGCAGCGCGAUAGGGACGAAGAGGCAGAUUGGUAA